CAUUUGUGGUGCAGCUGAACCUGUUCUUCGUUCAUUGGUGUCUGUGGAGUCUUUUUUCAGUUCGCAACAGCUUCCUGUUUUCUAAUUCGCGCUGUGUUUAGUGCGCAUGUGCAGUGUUCGUUACCGUCUAAGCAUGCGCAAUCUCGUGCAACCUAUUUAGGGUAGAGAAUAUUUUCAAAAAAGUGAUAUAAUUUUUUGAAAAUCCUGCAACAGUGCUUCUCAACGGAUCAAUAAAUGAACCGUAGACCGGAAUAGUUGCUGCAACUGCAUGAAUCUGCUUUAGUGAGGAUCCAGGCCAAGUUACAAAAGUGGAAUUAUUUUUAAGGAUUUUGGAAUAAUCGACCAGACUUUUCACUGUUUAUGUACCGACUUGUUCAGUGCCGCUCGAAAGUAGCAUAAAAACGCCUCGUAGCCACAUAUGAAUCUUCUCCAGUACACUUUUGCAGUCCUCUGGAUAUCGCCCCCAUCAGGGCGAGGACAUCAUGAUUGGAUCAUUUCGCAAGAAUCCUUUGCUGAAAGCAAAUAGAUCAAGUGUAGAACGAGUGCGCCUUCGUGAGGCAGAGAGACAAGCUCGGGCGGCUCAAAUGUCCGACAGUCAAGAUGAGCCGACGCCCCUGUUUCAAGAGCCGCAAAGAGUUUCGCCAUCAUUAAGCGAGAAGGACACACUCUCAACUGCAAUUAGAGCACGUCUAGGGAACUUUGAAGUAAUUCGGGACUAUUUGGUAAGAAAUGGUGUCGCUACCAUUGAAUCUGCUCCUCGGAUGGGACCACCGUUUCCGCCUCCAUCUUCAACUGUUCCACAACAUUAUCAGCCACGUCCCCAAGCACAUCAGCAACAACGCAGCCAACCGCACCAGCCACCGCAUCAGCAACAUCAUGUACCUCCGCAUCAACCACAGCAUCAGCAACAUCAUGUACCUCCGCAUCAUCAAAAUCACGUCCAACCGCAUUUACAACAACAACAUGCCAGCACAAGAUUCAAACUGGUAGUAGCACCUCACUGCCUUUUGAAAAACAAAAAGAACGACCCGUGCCUAGAAUACCAACAGCUGACAUUCCCAACGAGCUUGAUUUGUCUGAGGAGAGUGACGAUGAAGCCAGAAGGCUUCAGAUUUUGGCUGCAUCCGACUUAACUGCACACAAAAUGCUCUCACCUAUCCACCAAACACCUGCGCCCCAUCAAGCUGGGCACCAUUUGGACAGGCCGCCACCAUACGCGGAAAAUGAUCUUCGACCUCCUGAGGCGUCCCAGCCUGAAGCAGCGUCUCCAGCGUCCAGCAGCAGCGACUCUGGCAGCGACUCGAACGAGUCAGAUAGCGAGUCGAGUAGCGACGACUCGCUGGCCGAUGUACAGCCGACUCCUGCCCAAAAAGUCGAAGAACCCGCAAAAAUUCCCGAAGAAAAAUUGGCCAUUGGAGUGCCAAGUGCUGUGCCUUCCUCUCCUCAACAGCGCACCGAAGAAGAAACAGGAAAGAUGCGCUGGAAUUUGGCCAGUUUUGUUAACAGUCAAAAUGAUUUGGGUCGUUCGCAAACAUCACCACUUACUUCGGGUGGCAAACAGACGGGCGAUCAGCGCUCAAGCCAGGACUUGCAGAAGCGCCCGCUCGGGCUGGCCGUCGAUUCACUGGAAUAUGCCCAUAUUCUCGCGCGUAUUGUAUUAGAAUCAAGACAGUUUAGAGACUUGGCCAAGCUGCCAAUGUUGCCCCCAUUGAGCCCCAAGUUGGAUAGCGACAAUGAGAAAAAGCUAGCCGCAAAAGACAGGCAGCUAAGGAAAAAGCCCAAGCGGUCCAGGCAUGCGACAGGCGGCGAUAGCGACUCGAGUAGCGACAGCGAUGUGGAAAAGUCCUCACAUAUACACAGCGCACUCGCCAAUGCCCCCAAUCCGGUGGUUAGGCCGAGUCCACGUACCAAAUUUGCAGAACCCGCCAGCGAUAAUGGCGAAGUCCCACCGCCCCUUGCAAGGAUAGCUGAACCCUCAAGAGUGCCUCCAAAUACAGCAGCAUGCCUUUCCAAAGCCAAGGGUGUUGGCUCCGAUUCCGAAUCGGACCAUCCUAGAGAAGAAAUGAUGCCGCCCAUUGUUCCUGCCAAACCUGCGGCAGAACCAGAUAAACCGACCAAAGCUAAAGGUAGAGGGCGACCGAGAAAAGUGCGGCCGGAGGGCAGCGAGGGCGACGCACCAAAGAAGCAGCGAGGCAGACCGCCCGGCAGUGGCACAGCCGAAGGAAAGAAAAGCGGAAAAAGGGGCAGACCGCGAAAAACACGCCAAUCUCCAGUUCCUAGUAGUUCGGAUGAAGAUAUCCCUCAGAAGAAAGUUACCCCAUCUAGAAAAAGAACGAUAUCAAAGAAGGAUUCAUCCAGCAGUGAUUCUGACAGUCCCAGUCCCUCCCCAGUUAGAAGAAGACCCAGUUACCGCCAAGAUUCUGACAAGGAUUUGACCAGACUCAGUCAUUCGGCGUCGAAGAAAAAAUCAAAGGAUGACUCAGACGAAGAAUGGGGCAAGAAAAACAAAACCAGUGUCAAGGCAUUAUUUAGCGAGAGGUUUUCAGAUAGGAGCGAAUCUGAAUCCUCAGCGCGUCGGAAACGAGAAAAGCCAAAAGAAAACACCUCUCCUUUCCGUCGAAAAACUGAUAAGCUGAAUGCUUUUAGGGGAUCGAGCAAAUCCCUCCUAUCCUCAAGUGAUUCCAGUGAUGAUGAGGUUGCCACGCGAAAAAGCCGCAUCACUAGACAAACAAGCACCAGCACUUCACAUUCACUGUCUGAGGUCCACAAGAUUUCCGAUUCGGAGAGCGACAUCGAUUUACCCGCUAAAAAGCAAUCGUCCAGAAAUGAUACUCUCAUCAAAGUCGAAGAGCACAAAUCGAUAGCUGAUAAGAAAAAGAACGAUACUCUGAGAAAACUGUUCACUUUCAAACGGGACUCGGAAGGCGGUAAGGGCGGUGGCAAAGGCGGUGGCAAAGGAGGCAAAGGCGGCAAAGGCAAAGCAGGAGUUAACGUGAUAAUAGUCGAUGGCGACUAUGAAAGAACCAGUUCGUCUGUGGACGAUGAAGCAAUGCCGACCAUUUCUAGAGCAAAAGCGCAAAAAUCCCACCAUUCGCCGGAACGGCCACCCUCUCCAUUAGAACCGCACCCCGAAAGCCGUGCGGCAAAAUCUGCUUCCAGCAAAAGCAACAGCAGUAGCGUUGCGAAACUAAAGACUGAAAACAUCGCCGUUCGAAACCGUAGUGAUAGUUCUAACCGGGUAGCAAAUGCUAAAGAAGAGCGAGUGCCACCCAUUCAUCCUGUAGGAACGUCCCUGAAAAUACAGCUAGAUUUGAGUAACCUCAAUACAAAUUUUCUUGCAUCACUGAAGAAGCAGGUUGAAAGGGCCAAACGCCGGCAUCUAGAAUCUUCAACUGAACAUGUGAAACCAAAGACUGAAUCUGACAACAAGCAACUUAAUGACUGUGGAUUGGAGAGGGAUGGUAAAAGCAGCAUGGGAGUUAAAGAGACUUCAAAAUCAAAGCUCGACUUGCCAGUUGAUGUGAAUAAUGAGUUGAAGGCGAAAGGCAAAAAACUCAAAACAAGUAGCAGCAGCAACAGUUCGGAGUUGAUAUCUUCCGCUAGCAGGAGCUCCCAUAAAAAGGAAAAGAAAGAGAAGACUAAUAAUACGAAGGAUAAGACCAAAUCUAGGACGAAAAAGCCUAAAAUCGACGAGACACCAGCCGAACAUCACAAAAGCUCGACGGUUUCUUCCCAAUCUCGAUCACUUGUUUCCGAAUCCCUUAACGCGAUCAACAUGCCUCCAACUAAUCAUGAACGGGAAACAAUGCUGCUCCUUAGUCCCACUGGUGCCGGUUCUUCAGUUGCAUCCACGAGUCAGCCGAAGAAGGAGUACUACUCAUACUUCGAGAAUAUGGAAGAGUCGGAGGAAGAUGAAGAGAAAGACCACAGUCACUACCUAAGUGAAGCAAAAAGGCUCAAACAUCUGGCUGACAAAGAAUCGGAUGCAAUCGAUCAGUGCAUGUUGUACUUGGAAGCAGUUUUGUUCUUCCUAUUGACCGGUAACGCCAUGGAACAAGAAGUGGUGACCGAACUGGCCGCCUUCAGAAUGUACAAAGACACGUUAUCACUGAUCAAAUACAUCUCCUCGAAAUUUCGAUCACAGCCCACCCUCUCGGGAGUGCACACCAAAUUAGCCAUUUUAAGUUUCCGGUGCCAAGCGUUAUUGUACUAUAAGCUGUUUAAAAUGAGGAAAAACGAAUCAAGGGACAUUCAGAAAACGGUCAGCGAAUACUAUUCAAGGAAUGCUGCUAUUCCGAUGGACCAACCGUGUCCAGCCGGACAGGGAACUCCUUCACCGUUGUCUCCCACCCCAUCUCCUGCAGGGUCGGUCGGAUCCGUAGGUAGCCAAUCGUCUGGUUAUUCUAGUGGCGAGCUACGAGGCGGGGCAGGAGUUGCGCCAGGGGCCGCCGGUCCUGCUGGCGGCACCUGGAUUCCUCUCUCUGUGUACAGUGCUGUGGUUAAGCAGAACCAGCACUUCACCUAUCUACUGACUUUUCAAGAAUUAUGGGAAAAUGCGGAUCAGAUGGUCAUAAAGGGUCUACACACAG